AUGUCCUCAGGAGGCUUCCAUCCCAAGAGGAAGGUGCCAGCUCCGGAAGAGAAAGCGGCCAGCACACCCGAGAAGCUGACACAAGAGACCGACGGCAUCGCUCUUCGUCCCACAGUGCCUGAAGUCAGCGCCACCGACGGACUACUGGGUUUAAAAAAAUUUAUUUGGCGAAGAGCGUCCAUCUCCUCGAGCUGCCUCAUUCUGCGCGCGCGGCAGGAGCCGGCCAGGACCGUCUGGAUCUGGCAGCGGGGCUCUGGGGAGGGGUCCCCGUGCCCGCGUCACUCGCUCCCUCCUCCACUCCGGGGUGUGCGCCUGGGCCAGCGGGCAGUGAACACGCGCCGCCCCGAGCCCGCGGCCCCGGGACAGCGCGACGGGGCGCACGAGCACAGGUCAGAGGUCGAGGGGCAGCGGGACAGGGCGGGCCGCAGAGGCGGCGCGCGGCGCAGGGCUUCCCAAGAGGGACAGGAUCCUGACGGCGUCCGCGUGCGCUCGCACACCAGCACCUUGUCGUCGUUGAAGCCGCGUCACUUUUCAGAGGUCACACUCCGGACUCAGCACACACACCCGGAGACGACGAUGGAAGCACCCCCGCCCCUCCGCAGCGGGCCGGGCGGGCCCUCCGGAACACCGCGGCACGAACGAGCAAACCCAGAUUACAGACUAUUUCACGCCGCGGGGGCGAGGCCACCGGAUGUGCGUUUUAAGACCACCCGAGGCCAAGGCUGGGGGAGGGGUCACACAGGGCGGGACCAAGUUUGUGGGCGGGUCAAUGCUGAGGGCGGAGCCAUGGUUGGGGCGUGGUCGAGGCUGGGGCGGGGCCUGGAUGAGGGCGUGGCCAGGGGUGGGGGCGUGCCCAAGGCCGAGGAGGGGGCCAAGCCUGGAGCGGGGCCGGGCUGGGGGCGUGGCCAAGGCCGAGGAGGGGGGGCCAGCCCUGGGCGGGGCCAGGAUGAGGGCGGGGCCCAGUCUGGGGGCGAGACCAAGCUCGGGGCGGGGCCGGGCCGAGGGCGGGGCCAGGACUGGGGCGUGGCCAAGGGGAGGCCGCCCCCGCGGGGGGACGCGCGCCCGGACGGCCCCGCCGUGGUCCUGAGCACCAACAGCCCGGCCGCCCUCAAGGUGGGCAAACAGCAGAUCAUCCCCAGGGGCCUGGCCUCGGAGACCAGGGCCAGCAGGCCUGGCGGCCAGGGCGCCGAGCCGCACCGGAGGCUGGUCAAGGCGCGCAGCAUGGUGGAGGGGCUCGGGGCGGCCCUGGGCCCCGCGCAGCCCGCGCCCCCGCCCGACGGCGCCGACGACAGCCCGGGCUCCCUGCGGAGGGGCCUGCGCUCCACCUCCUACCGCAGGGCCGUGGUCAGUGGCCUUGACGUGGACAGCCCGGCCACCUCGAAGAAGAAGAACAGAAUGUCCCAGCCUGUCCUGAGAGCCGUGCUGGAGGACAAGGAGAGGUUCUCCAGCCUGGGGAGGACGAAGAAAACAACGCUGAAAGGACAAGGAGCAUUUGAUGGUGAAGAAAACGCCGUCCUGUAUCAGAACUACAAAGAAAAGGCCCUUGACAUUGACUCUGACGAGGAGUCGGAGCCCAGAGAGCAGAAGUCGGAUGCAAGGAUCGUGGUUCAGCCCAAGCCGCUGAGGUCCACGUGGAGCCAGCUCUCCGCGGUGAGGAGAAACGGAUUAUCUCAGACAGUUAGCCAGGAGGAGAGAAGGAGACAGGAGGCUAUCUUUGAAGUCAUAUCCUCUGAACAUUCGUAUCUACUCAGCUUAGAGAUCUUGAUACGAAUGUUUAAGAAUUCUAAGGAACUGAGUGACACGAUGACCAAGACAGAGAGUCACCAUCUCUUCUCCAACAUCACGGACGUCUGUGAGGCCAGCAGAAAAUUCUUUACUGAGCUGGAAGCGAGACACCAGAGCAGCAUCUUCAUAGAUGACAUUAGUGACAUUGUGGAGAAGCACACGGCCUCCACCUUUGACCCAUAUGUGAAAUACUGCACCAACGAAGUCUACCAGCAGCGGACGCUACAGAAGCUGCUAGCCACCAAUCCGUCUUUCAAGGAGGUGUUGUCCCGUAUCGAGGCCCAUGAGGACUGCAGGAACCUGCCCAUGAUCUCCUUCCUCAUCCUGCCUAUGCAGAGGGUGACCCGCCUUCCCCUGCUGAUGGACACCAUCUGUCAGAAAACGCCCAAGGACUCUCCGAAGUACGAGGUCUGCAGGAGCGCCUUGAAGGAAGUAAGCAAGCUUGUUCGGCUGUGCAAUGAAGGAGCCCGGAAGAUGGAAAGGACCGAGAUGAUGUACACGAUUAACUCCCAGCUGGAAUUUAAAAUCAAGCCAUUUCCCCUGGUCUCCUCUUCGCGGUGGUUGGUGAAGAGAGGCGCGCUGAUGGCCUACGUGGAGGACGCUGGGCUCUUCUCGAGGAGGACGUCCAGACAGCAAGUGUACUUGUUUCUCUUCAACGACGUGCUCAUCAUCACCAGGAGGAAGAGUGAAGAAAGUUACAGCGUCAAUGAUUAUUCCCUGAGAGAUCAGCUGCUGGUGGAAUCUUGUGACAGUGACGAGCCUCAUUCCUCCCCGGGGAAGAACAGCUCUGCCGUGCUGUACUCCCGACAGAGCUCUGCCAGCCACCUCUUCACGCUGACCGUCCUUAGUAACCACGCGAAUGAGAAGGUGGAGAUGCUGCUGGGGGCCGAGACGCAGAGCGAGCGGGCCCGCUGGAUCACUGCACUGGGACACAGCAGCGGGAAUCGGCCUCUGGACCGCACCUCGCUGACCCAGGUGGAGAUCACGCGAUCCUUUACCGCCAGGCAGCCCGAUGAGCUCUCCCUGCAGGUGGCAGACGUGGUCCUCAUUUACCAACGUGUCAGCGACGGCUGGUACGAAGGGGAAAGACUGCGAGAUGGAGAAAGGGGUUGGUUUCCUCUGGAAUGUGCCAAGGAGAUAACAUGUCAAGCUACGAUUGACAAGAACGUGGAGAGAAUGGGGCGUUUGCUAGGACUGGAGACCAACGUGUAG